CAUCUGGCUCAUCUAUCAUUUUUCUUCAAGAGCCUUCACCCCCUUUCUUACUCUUCCCUUCUCAGCAACGACACAUCUAGGGAAGGCUCUUGGAGGGACAAUAUCAUCAUCAUCAUCAUCAUGGACAGCCUUGAAGAGAGAGUUUCUGUGUUUUACCAUGAAAAUUCCGAUGAAUAUGAUCAUAAUUCCUCCGAUUAUGAAUUCGAUGAUGACGCUGGCGAUUCUGAUGCCAAACGACAGAGGAUCUUGUACUGGGAAUCACAACAAGCUUUGCUUCAGGAGAUUUUAGAACGAAGCAGAUUAACCGGAUCAAAGUUGCGGCAAGAGGUUCGCGAAAUCACAGAGAAAGCGAGAUCAGAGCAAAGAGAUUUGUGUCGAUGCCACAAACCUAAUGUUGAUGCAUGCAACAACUGCUUGCGACAUGGAAUCGUCAACUCGCUUUGCGAUAAAGGAUUUAAAGCCUCUCUAUGCAUAUCAAAAUGGUCCGAAACCAAAAAAAUUCCAGGAGGGACUCAUGAGUACAUCGAAGUCACUGGAAACACGUCCACAAGCCGAACAAAGCAACUUUUCUAUGUAGUUGAACUGGAAUUUGGUGAUCAAUUCGAGAUUGCAAAAGCAUGCAAUGAGUACCGAAAUCUCGUAAGGAUGUUACCACAAACUUAUGUAGGAAAAGCUGACUACCUCAAGGCCAUUGUUCGAAUUGUAUGCGAUGCAGCCAAGCGAUCAAUGAAGGAAAGCAGAAUGCAUAUGGGUCCGUGGCGAAAGAGAGGCUUCAUGCUAAUGAAAUGGUCGGCUUCCAUUGAGAGGUUGGCUUCUGUUGAAUCGGUAUCAACAUCAAAUAGAUAUAACGUGCAAUCAUUACUUUCAUCAGAGAGAGCGCAUGCAUCAUCUUAUAGAUACUUUGCAGCUCCAACUGUAGUAGUCACGUAAAUUUUGUUACUACUCAUGGUAAGUGUUUUCUUUAGUUUUAACUCUCUAUCAUGGUUGAGGUUGAUGUAAUCAAUAAUAUAGCUAUAUGUGAAUGUACUUCAUGAAUUAAAUAUCUUCCAUAAUAGAAAUUCUAGAAUGUGUUAACGUAUGA